AUGGACAGUAGUGGAGUUCAAGGUCUCAAAGGUAGCUGGGAUUACGUCGAUGGUGAGAACUUCGAUGAAUACAUGAAAGAACUCGGUGUCGGCUGGGCCUUACGUAUGACUGCGAAAGGAAUUAAACCUCGUAUCAUCAUUAGUGAGGCCGGUGGUAAAUGGACCUUACGAACAGAGAGUGCAAUAAAAACGGUGACCUAUGAUUUUACGCCUGGCCAAGAAUUCGAUGAAACAACACCUGACGGACGUGAAGUCAAAUCAACAAUUAACUUCGAAGGUAACAAAUGGGUGCAUACAUCGAUCGAUAAAAGCGGUAAAAAAUCAGUCGUUACUCGUUAUGUGGACGAUAAAGGUCAACACAUGAUCGAAAUGGAAUGUGGAUCUGUUAAAGCUCGUCGUUGGUACAAACGCGCAGAGUAG